AUGUCUGAAAAGAAGGAUUGUGAUAAGGAGAAUUGCUCUGCUCUUGAAUUGCUGGAUUUCAAGAAUGCUUUGAAGCAGUUCCAGAAACUAGUUGAAAAAACAGUAAUCCAGAAGACAAAGGAGAGAUUAGGCUUGUAUAUCAAAGAUGAUGAUGAGAUCGACUAUGACAAGUUCUAUACAACCACACAGAUGCUUCUUGGUCCAGAAAUCAAGGAUCAUAAUGUUAAGGCCUUUUUCAGGAAGAUUUCCAACAAUCUUGAUGCAAGGACAGAAUGGUGUGAGAUUUUUGGGUAUUUCAUAGGAGAAAGUGAUGCCAUGUCUUCCCAGCUGAAAGAAGAAAACAUGGUUUUCCUUGUAUCCGAAAAACAGCGGGUUACUCAUGCAGUUGUCAAGAGACAAGAUGUGAUUAAGGGUAUAGUGAAGGUGCCCCAUCUGGAUUUCACAGUAACAUCCUCUCAGAAAGGAGUGCUAACUAUUUUUCACAACCAGAUGACGGUUCUGGCAACGAUUAGUGUUGAAGAUACUGCUUGGAUCACUGGAUGUGAUUUCCUACCGCAGCUGAAAUGUGUCGUGGCUGUAACUGAAAGAACAGUCAUUGUCUGGGACUAUAAAUCAAAAGAGAGCCAGAAUAAUUGCUUUAUCAUCAAACCAAUGGAAAAUGGUCUGCUCUGUGUUUGCACGGUGACUGUGUCAGAUCACCUGGCUAAGGAGGAUAUCCUAAUGGGAGAUGAUAAGGGUUAUGUUCACCUGCUUACUGUGACCAGUGAUCACUUUAGAUUGAAACAAUGUAAAGGCAAAAAAGAAUCACAGCUUCAGAUCUUGGACUCCAAAACUUUUAACAUUGUUAAACGCAAGCUACAUGAUGACUGGGUUGUGAAAGUUAAGUAUAUUUCUGACCUAAAUUGUUUUGGAUCCUGCUCCUCAGACAGCAUUCAUUCAUUUGUUUUGGAUGACAUAAAGCGGCUAGAGGACAACUUACCUGUAAAGGAAUUUGCUGUCCCUAGAGGAGUCAGUGCCUUCGCAUACUGUAGAAAAGCAAAAGUCAUUGUCACUGGGGGUCAUGACAAACUUCUUCGUUUGUGGCAUCCUGCUAUUAAUAAGAGGCCUACAGGGAAGCUGUCAGGACACCAACAUAGUAUUGUGGAAAUUGUGAUAAAUGAAAAAGAUCAGCAUGUUAUCAGCCUUUCCUCUGCAAAGAUUUUUAGAGUGUGGGAUAUACAGACCCUUUCACUGCUGCAGGUCUUCCAUGAUAAUCAAGGGAGUCCUGGAGAAAUGGAGAACUUUGCCAUGGUAUUUGACAAUGAUCAUGGCACGCUUAUCACCGGUUCAGUUGUCAUUGAUAUUUAUCCCCUAACUCAUAUGAUACAAGAUACGAGACAGGUGCCACAGACACAUGAGAAAAGCAUCAAUGCUCUUGUUUACAACAAGGUUUUUCACCAAAUUCUCACUAUCUGCUCUGAAUCAAUACUGAAGGUCUGGGACCUAGAAACAGGAUAUCAAAUAUAUCAGAUUGAAGAUGCACAUGGGCUGAAUACAGAAGUGACCUGUGCUGCCAUUGAAAGAAAUGGUUUUUAUCUUGCUACUGGGGCAUGUGAUGGAACAGUGAAAAUUUGGGAGUUUGAAAGUGGGCAGGAAGUUAAAGCCUUGCCUUUGGCCCAGCACAGCAAAAAUGAGUGUCGUCUGCUGAAGAUAGUUUAUCUGAAGGCUAAUGAAAGUCAACAUGCACUUCUUGUUUUGGAGCAGAGUGGGAAGAUGAAAAUCAUUCAGGGUAACUCAGUCCAAACAUAUCUAUAUGUCACAUGGGUGCUUCCUGAGGCAGUGUCAUUUCCACGAAGGAAUCCAGUUGUGUCUCUGUCACUGAAGCCUGACACCUUACAAACACAUGAUUUUUUUCCGGAUAUUCAACUGCUGUCUGACACCAGUUCUCUGAGGAAUGACACAGAGAAUUUUGUCCAUUCUGUGGAAAUUAAGUGUUUUGAUGUUUUAAAAGUAGAAGGAUGGAGUUUGAUAGCUACAGGAAGUGCAAACGGGGCAGUAAUUCUAUGGGAUUUUGAAUCUACCUCUGUGAGAUGCCUGUGUAAAAUUAAUGAAGACAGCCAGGCUUCAGUUCUUCAAGCAUCUGGAGUCAAUGCCGUGUUAUUCCUUGUCCAUAGUGCUUUCUCUUCCAGGAAAACUAGCUCCCUGCCCGCUACUACUGCUACUGCGAGGCAUGGUAUCAGUGCCAUUCCACAGCACAAGAACAGUUCUUCAAACUUACGUAAGGAAAAUGUAAGAAAUGAUGAAAUUAAGAUUCAAAUAACAACAGCAGAAGUCACAACUAGGUAUAGUAAUAUCCAGUACUUGAAGAAGAAUGUACAGUCAUCCAAAGCUGUAGCAGGACACCCACCAAUACUGGCUUCUGCUCAUGAAAAUGGCUGUAUCUGCCUAUGGAGUAUUCAGGGAACCUUAGUGAAAGAACUUUUGCCAUUUUCAAAAUAUCCUUCAGUUCCUCUGACAGCACUAUGUACAGACACCUCCGCUAAAAUGCUUUUGGCAGGCAGUAAGGAGGGACAUAUUAUGUGCUGGAGCAUUGCCUCAUUCUUAGAAGAUCCAGAAAACAGUAAAAAUCAAAUAAAGGAGGAGCUCUGCUGGAGCGCACACUCUACUGAAGUGGUUGACUUAUUUCAUGAAGAUGAGAAAAAUGUGGUAGUGACAGCUUCUAUUGAUGGUUCAGUCAGGCUCUGGCAUGCCAUGAACGGAUGCUAUCUUGGUUACUUCGGACAGCCCAGGAAGUUUGAGUUAUCAGAUAUCAGUCGGUUGAUUUUGCCUUGUGAUGUUAAUAACUUUCCUACUAUAAUUAAAGAGGAAAGCAAGCAUAUGGAAAAGAAGAAUUUUGAAUAUCCUCUCAUGCUGGACAGGGACAAUUGGAAAUCACUGAGCAGAUCACCUUCAGCUUUAAGAAAGCCUGAACAUGUGGACAUAAAUCAAGACUUGAAGUUUUUCAAAGCUCUGGUUUCUCCAAAGAUCCAUAGACAACCUUUGGAAUGUUUUGAGUCUGGAUACAGAGAGGCUGGUGCAGUAUUUGGGUGUCUUCCAAUAUAUGAGCUUGGGAAGCCAGUUGAAGAGAGUGUGCCACAAGGUCUUCGGUGGAACAAAGCUGAGACGUCCAAUCCCACUGGAUAGAUAAUGGAGACAGGUUUCAGUGGAGGGUCAAGACAAAUAAAAUUAGCAUCCAUCUUCAGGAAAGUGGAUUAGCACUGGUUAUCUUCAAGUGUCUGCGUCAGAACUUCAUUUUAUACUCACAGUCUUGUAAGCACCAGACACACAACAAGGAGUUAACAUUCCCUCCUGUUUCUGCCUGUUAGUUUCUUGCUUAUGCUUUCAAAGAGCAUGUUCAUCCUCUAAGCAAGAAGAGUGCUUGCUGAGCUCAUAUUCAGUUGAUGAUCUGUCAUGAUUUCCUGAAUCCUUCCUGGCAUUUCAGCAUUCCAGGACAGUGUCAUGACAUGACACAGGUCACAGAAUGCAUAUUCUACGAUCCUUUGUCUAGCUAAAGGUACAAAUCCUUGCCAAGUGUGUCACUUAGUGAGCACUUACAAUAAUCCAUGUAACUAGUGCCCUUAUUAGCUACUAUUUUGUGAAAAAUACUGGGGUUUAUAUAUUACUGGCAAUGAACAGUGUUUGAUCAGCUGGCCUUCUUGGAAAGACUGUCUUCUGAUGAGCUGAAUAUACAAUGAUUCACGAUGAUUUACCUGUCUUCAACUUGUUAUAGGGCUAUGAUGGAUUUUGGGCUAAUACUGCUUUAAUUUUAGCAAAAUAUCUUGUGGGAGUAUAUUUAAAAAUAUUGUGAGCAGUUGUACUGGGUCUGGCUGGGAUUAACCUAAUUUUCUUCACAGCAGCCUGUUUUGUGCUAUGUUUUUUGUGACUACACCGGUGUUGGUAACACACCAGUGUUUUGGCUAUUGCUGAGCAAUGCCUGCACAACAUCAAGGUGGUUUUCGCCAACGCCAGUGAGUAGGCUGGGGGUGCACAAGAAGCUGGGAGAGGAAGCAGCUGGCACAGCUGACCUGAACUGACCUGAGAUAUUCCAUACCAUAUAAUGUCCUGCUCAGCAGUAAGAGCUCCUGGAAUGGGGGAGGAAAACAGGGAAAACAAGAUGUUCAUGGUUAUGACAUUUGUCUUUCCAAGUAACCAUUAUGCGUGCUGAGGCCCUGCUUCCCAGGAUGUGGCUAAACAUCUGCCUGCUGAUGGGAAGUAGUGGAUGAACUCCUUAUUUUGCUUUGCUUGCAUGUGCAGCUUUGUUUCACCUAUUAAACUGUUUUUAUCUCAAACCAUGAAUUUUCUCAUUUUUGCUCUUCCAAAUCUUUCCCCCAUCCCACUGGGAGAAGUAAGAACUGGGUGGGCACUUAGCAUCUGCCAGGGUCAACCCACCACAUUAACUAACUUUGUCAUUAAAACUAAAAUCAAGGUUGUCUGACAAACCAAGUGGCACCAGAUAGCAUGUAAUCUGCCAUUUACUAUUUGUGUUCCCUUCAUUUGCCCCAUGAUUCAGCAGUUAGUGUAUGAAAGGUAACACCCCUGCAGUCCCCUGAGUCCUAUUUGCCUUUGAAAGACAGCUACAUCAGCUCUCUUCCAGUUACCUGAAAAUUGCCUACUCUUCAAAGAUUAUUAAAAAUGAACAGUUCAGGUUCAGUGAGCUCCUCACCCAUUUCUCUUGAUGCUUUUACAUGUCAUGUUUUAUAAAUGUGUGAGAUUUUCUCUUUGGUAUUGCCUCUAUUUCUAGUUAGAACUGUUUUACUGUGGUUGCAAGAUGCAGAUAUCCCACUUCAGUUUAUUAACUGACUAUUUACUUCCUCAGCCCUCACUAUUUACUCAGAGCUGACUAUUUACUCAUGCUUUUCUUUUUACCAAACCUUUAGCACUGCUGGCAUUUCAUAGGUUCUUAAUUUUUGAAUUUUGCUCUGUUCAGUCUUGCCGCCUGCUCCCUUCGGUUUUCCUUAUUAAUUGCCCCUGUUUUCCAAGAGCUGAUUUGUACUCAUGUGUAUUCAUGCCACUACAUUCUCCACUGUGCAGAAGAGCCCAUCCAUAAUGUAGUACUAUUUCCAGUAACAAUCAAGUGGUUAAUCCUAUGCUGAAUGAAAUCAAUGGACCAGCUCUCAGGAGGGAACAAUGCUGUAAAGAAAACUGUCAAAAAUCAUGAUAUGUACGUGUUAUCUUUAGCAGCCUUCCAUCCACUUACUACCUUACCGUUGCACUGUUUAGACUGUGACAAAAUUACAGUGCUAUAAUGGUCUCAGAGGGGGGGGUUUGUAAUUCAUUAAAUUAACAAAACCUGAAGUAGUGCAGACUACGUGCCAUUGCUCAGCAUUACUGUAUACUUGAAGAGUUCCAGCUCCUAGGGCUUUAUAAACACCAAAUGGAAGCUGGCCCUGGCCCAAAACAUUUUACACAAUGAUUUUAUCCAAAUGUCUUUCUUAAAUGUCACAAGAAAAGCAGAGACACUUCAUUUCUUUGAAGAGAUAAUCUACUAAGGUACUGCACAGAAUUCAUUGGAAGAAUAGUUGCUUAUUGUGUGCUAGACAACAGAGGAUGCUACUGGAAAGAAAUUAAGUACAGAAAAGGAUAGCAAGCAAGUGAUACUUCCAAAUAUACCCAUUCAUCUUCAGGCAGUUUUGUCCAUGCUGGUUCUAGUACAAAGCCGUGAGUUAACGGACUUGUUGGUAUUAGCUAUGGAUUUUCUCUGUGUCAAUGUCUCUGUAUUCCUUUGCAGGUUAGUUUCUUCCCAUCAGCCUCCACAGUUACAUUGCAGACUUAAAUGUUGCAGGUGUGUUAGUUGUUCUGUUGUUCCAGAUGAUUACUGUAGUAUGGAGAGGUAUCAUAACAAGACAGUCUCUUUCAGCAUGGCAGAAAUUUAUGGUUGUACUGGCUGCAGUAGUUAGUUUGCCAGAAUUUCAUUAUAGCCCUUGCUAGCACUUUGCAAAAUCUGGGACGUUCUUCAGCUGCCCUCACCCACUGGGGUAAUUCAAGCUGAAUGGCAUCAACAGUGCCAGAAGUACGGGAACCAAAAGUCUUUGUUAUGUAUCCACCACUGUAAUAGUUCCCAUUAUUUGGGCUAGGAUUGGAUGGAGAAGGCACACAAACAUAACUGUUAUUUUGUUCUUCAAUGUAUUUACCUAAACUUCUGUUCCCAGCAACUAAAGACUCAGAAGACACGUUGACUAGCUGACUGGCCAGAUGGCUAAUUGAGGAACAUGAUGCAGAAAAGACGCCUGAGUUAAGGGUAGCUUUUGAAAGUGUGUAACCUAGUUCUAUCCACUGUUCAGGAUGUGCUUGUCCAUGGAUAUCCAGAAUCAGGCCCCCUGUCAUCUGCGAUUUUGCAGUGGUCAAAAAUCCCAUAUAUUCCUCCCAGGCCUGUUCUGCUUGGGCAAUUCCAAAGGAGGCUUCUUCCUUUUCCCUGUUAGCAUCCAUCUUGAACCUCUGUAGGUGGUUUAUAAUGAUGUGUGGGAAGAAGCCAUCAGUAAUUUUGUUGAUUUCUUCUGCAAGAGCCUGAGCCACCUCUAUAGUAUACCUGUCUUGGUUGGUAGACACUUUGCAUUUUUUAUAAUUUUGAAUGCUUCCAAGAGGACACUCAUGAGAGAAAAUACAAGAGGAUAUCUUUGCAUCCCAGCAGCCAGCCUCUCGAUCAGGAAUGUCCUUGGGUUCCAUUGACCCACCGUGUGGGACAGAGAGAAUCAGGUUCAUGUUGCCCACUUUAUAUUCUGUGAAAUUAUUAUGACCAAAUAUAACCUCUUUGGUGCCAGUGGCUUUCAAAAGCAAAUAUAAAAUGGAAAGGAGGAACAGAUACAUAUUCUUCAUUUGCUGCUGGAAGACUCAGCAAUAUGGAUAUAUCAGUACCUACAUAAAAGCAAAAGACAGAUUUUAGGUUACUUACAGCUGAGGACACAUGAGAGACUGUUCAGCUGAGGAACAAUUAGUUACUGAUUAACCUAUUUUAAUUUUAUUCCAUGUAGCACAAAGAGGAAGAGUACUUACAUGAGAAACAAAAAUGAACAGGGCACUUAGUGUGGCUGGAUAUAACUGAUGCAGUGUUUCCAAAAGAGAAGAUUCUCCCAGAAUAACAUGGCAAGGGAAAUGGUAGGUUACUGGCCCUCUUUCAUUUCCCCAGAAAGCACAAACACUGAUCAUCCUAUCUGAUCCCAGAGAAUCACUGGAUCCCAGCAAAUUAUUUGAAAUAAUCUUUUUCCCACCAAGGCCUCCCCUUUUUUCCACCUCUGAAAUGUAAGAAGAUUCUAACAAAAAUUUGAUAGAACAUCUGCAUCUCAUCAACCUGUUUGAAAUAUCUUUCCGUUAUCCACAUGGUUACAGAAACUAGAGGCUAUGUCAACUCAGACCAGCACUGGGCUUGUCUAAAAUAAGCAGGCUGAUAAAAAUUGAGUGCUACCAAGCUCUAUCUCUAGCUGUGCUCCAGGCUGAGUUAAUUUGAUAGCAUUAUAGAUAGGUACCAGUGAGUGCAUUAAGGAGUGACUCAAUAUAUUCUCUUUAGUUUUCAAGUCUCCAUUCUCUUCAAGGGAGCUAAGAUAUUUUUAAGCCCUCAUUAACUCCUCUAUUUUUUGGAAAGCUGGAAUUCAGCAAGAUGCUGACAGUGCUUUCUGGUUUGAAGUCAUUACAUCUCUAGAAAGAUCAUAAUCUUGAGUGUAACUUCCUUGGACAGAUAUAAAAUUAGUGAGUAAAGUCCAUGAAGAACAGAAUAAAAAAAGGAUACUUUUCAUUUCCAUGAAUAAAAAAAAAUAUGUCAGUAUAAGUCAGAUAAGGGGUAUGUAAAUAGAUAUAUUUGAAAAUGAGUCAGGCUGCCCUGUUGUCUGUCCUGCCUCUAUCAUUAAAUCAUCUGCAGAAAUGCAGAGGGUGAGAGGCAGACAAGGGAGAGCAUAAGAAGGAUCUGCAAGAAUCUGUCUAUAACACCUGUCCUGAGAAUGCGUAUGGGAGCAGUCAGUAAUACUGAGAGGGCAGGGUGCAGUAAGGAAACAUCCUCCCAUCAUCCACCUACUCUAAAAAAAGGAGAGCGAAAUUUCACCAAAUAAUGCAGGAAAAUAUUUUCUUUUCUUGCUAUGAGGGAAUCCUGCUGGCUUUUUAGAAACGACCUCCACUGCCCACUGAGCUGGUCCAUACCAAGAAGCCUGUACAGAAAAAGCAAACAUCUGUCUUCCUCUCUUCUUUCAGGGCUUAAAGUCCUGUAAAAGUCUGUGAGCUGGAAUCAGAUCCCUGGGAAUCUAAUCUACAGUUUUCCUGCAGAACAUGAUUAACAGAUUUUUUAGUUUCUUUUAACCUUUUAGUUAAAAGGUCCUUUUACUUGAGCUAAUGGCUUAAAACAAGCUUUUAUCCCAGUCCUUGUAUAGUUCACACUUCCCUAGAUUUCCCCAACACACAGACCUUCACCUGCUAGUACACUGUUUGCAUUACCAGAAAUGCUGGGGAAAAGAAUAUUUUCAAGCAUUCAAAAUCCCUUUUCUCAUAAAAAUAACGUGCAUAUGCAGAGUAAGUCUAGGAAUAGCUCACCUCAGCUGCAGUGAGGCCCAGCACCAAGUUAAAUAAAUCAACAGCAACAACCCCCCAGGUCCUGCUCACCUGCCUCAGAAGGACUCAAGUCCUUUCCUUUUCCUCAGGCUCUCACCUUAAAUACAAGGGCACAGCUGUUCCUUUCCCAGUGCCUGUCAAACUGUUUGUUGUCAUCUGCAGCAGUUCGCUUGCUUGUCUUUUUGCAAUUUCUUGUUAAUGAUUGAAUCAAGCUGUUAACAGUACUAGAUCAUAUGGAGAGUACUAGAUAUAUGGAGAGAGCGCUCUAUAUAAUUCCCAAACUGGAAGAAAGUUGCAUUGGCACAGCUCAGGUUCUGGGCAGACUUGGAGGGUCUGGAGGAACUCGAUGAUCCUAAACUGGUUUAAAAAAUUUCCUCAACAACAUACAGGGGGUGCAGAGGAAAAAUGUUAAGUCACAGGUUAGAACUGUUAUUCUGGACUUCAUCACGGCAAAACACACACCUUUCCAAAGGAUUUUAACUCAAAGUGAUGGUGUUCAGAGCAACACAGAAGCACCUGCUGCUAGGGAAUAUGAUAGAAAAUGUACCUGUUUGUCUUCUUCAGCACAGGGGUGAGGGCCACAUGCAUAAGGAACAAAAUAACCGUAACAGGCUCCAAGUUCUCUGUUGAUCAUAGGUAAACUUAUAUUAUUGUGAGGUUAAAAAAAAAAUCACAAUAUUUUAAAC